UAACCACCAUUGUUCCUAGCCUUGGAUUUCACUUGGAUCGAGUCUAUGAAUGGCAAAGCUAAGAUCUUGGACUCAGAUAUGGCCAUCUUUUGUCAGAGUGUGUAUUCUGAAUCUUGUCCUGAACUUCAACAUCAUAGCAUUAGCUGAUGAUAAUGGAAGUGGUGGUUUUGCGUCAGAAAGUACGUGCAAGAACACUAAUUAUCAAAUUUUCCUCCCUCCACCAUAUAAGAAUAUAUCCUCUAUGAUAUGCAAACCUGUUUGGCAUACAUAUGAAUUGAGGUACACCAAGAACGAUGAUAUUACAACUAUCAUAUUAUCUGCUCCCUACACUAUUGGGUGGGUGGGAAUUGGAUUUUCUAAAGAUGGUAAGAUGGUUGGUUCGAGUGCAAUGGUAGGAUGGAUCAAUAAACAUGGUCAUGCAAAAAUCAAGCAGUUUUAUCUAAGGGGUAAGAAGGCAUCAGAAGUCGUUGUAGACAAAGGUGAACUGCCUCUAAAUACUGUGCCUGCCGCUGUGGCAACAAAUGGGGCUGAAAUUUAUUUGGCAUUUCAGCUGCAAACCACAACUCCAUAUGGGAGGCAACCAAUUUUAUUGGCUUUUGGUACUAAACAUCCACAGAACCACCAUCUGUCAAAGCAUGAUGACAAAACAGCAAUUGUAUUUGAUUUUUCUUCUGGUGAAAAAUCAGGUUCUAAGGAUCCAGCAACCAAUGAAUUGAUUAAGAUGAGGAAGAAUCAUGGAAUAGUGGGUAUAAUGGGGUGGGGUCUAAUACUGCCUGUUGGGGCAAUUGUUGCUAGAUACUUCAGGCAUAAGGAUCCACUAUGGUUCUAUCUCCAUUCAGUCAUUCAAUUUGUGGGAUUCGCAUUUGGGCUUGGCACUGUCCUUCUUGGAUUACAACUCUAUGCCGAAAUGCAUGUCCACAUACCAGCUCACAGAGGCAUAGGCAUCUUUGUCUUUGUGCUAAGUAUUCUUCAGAUAUUGGCAUUCUUCUUGAGGCCAAAUAAGGAUUCCAAGUUUCGCAAAAUUUGGAAUUUGUACCACAGUUGGUUUGGAAGACUGGCAGUAUUCUUUGCAGCCUUGAACAUAGUGUUGGGGAUGCAAGCUGCGGGGGCAGGGAAUGAUUGGAAGAUAGGAUAUGGAUUCAUUGUUAGUAUCAUAAUUGUUGCAGUAAUCGUUCUGGAAGUAUUGGCAUAUUUGAAAAGGUCAGAGAAGCGCUCUCUUCCUCCGAGUUUCCAAAUGGACUCAGUAGGAGAAGCCACCUUUCCAAGUAAUCUAGUUAAAGGGUGAAUGUGUUCGCUCCUAGUUUUGCAUUUGCACAAGCAGGGUCAAUUGUCCCC